AUGGGAACUACUGGGGGAAGUAAAUACGGUGAAUACACAUAUGAGAACCUGGAGAGGGAACAGUACUGGCCUUCCAAAAGGCUUCGGGUUUCCAUAACGGGGGCUGGUGGUUUCAUUGCUUCGCAUAUUGCCAGGCGACUGAAGAGUGAAGGUCACUACAUUAUUGCUUCUGACUGGAAGAAAAAUGAACACAUGACAGAGGACAUGUUUUGUAAUGAGUUCCAUCUUGUUGAUCUGAGGGUGAUGGAUAACUGUUUGAAGGUCACUUCUGGUGUUGACCAUGUGUUCAACCUUGCUGCUGACAUGGGAGGUAUGGGUUUUAUUCAGUCCAACCAUUCCGUCAUUAUGUAUAACAACACAAUGAUCAGCUUUAACAUGCUCGAGGCAGCGAGGAUCAAUGGAGUUAAGAGGCUCUUUUAUGCAUCUAGUGCUUGCAUUUACCCUGAAUUUAAACAGUUGGACACUAGUAAUGUGAGCUUGAAGGAGUCUGAUGCUUGGCCUGCGGAGCCUCAAGAUGCUUAUGGCUUGGAGAAGCUCAUGACUGAAGAAUUAUGCAAGCACUAUAAUAAGGAUUUUGGUAUUGAGUGUCGGAUCGGGCGGUUCCAUAAUAUUUAUGGACCCUUUGGAACUUGGAAAGGUGGUAGAGAGAAGGCCCCUGCUGCUUUUUGUCGAAAAACCCUCACUUCCACUGAUAAGUUUGAGAUGUGGGGAGAUGGGCUACAAACGCGGUCUUUCACCUUCAUUGAUGAAUGUGUAGAAGGUGUCCUAAGAUUGACAAAGUCUGACUUCCGGGAGCCGGUAAAUAUUGGAAGUGAUGAGAUGGUUAGCAUGAAUGAGAUGGUUGAGAUAGUCCUAAGCUUUGAGAACCAGAAGCUCCCCAUCCAUCAUAUACCUGGCCCUGAGGGUGUUCGCGGACGAAACUCAGACAACACUCUGAUUAAGGAGAAGCUUGGCUGGGCCCCUACCAUGAAGUUGAAGGAUGGAUUGAGAAUUACAUACUUUUGGAUUAAGGAACAGUUAGAGAAAGAGAAGGCUCAAGGCAUGAAUUUGUCAGGUUAUGGGUCAUCAAAAGUAGUGGGAACCCAGGCACCUGUUCAACUGGGCUCUCUUAGAGCUGCUGAUGGGAAAGAGUUGCUCUAA